CGUGGGAGAAGGCUAUAAAUGUUUGACUGGUAUUACUUCUCUCAUACACAUUUGGUCAUAGUACAGUAAGAAGAGUGAAGAUGAAGGGCUAUAUUUUGCUGGGUUUAAUAUUUCUGCUCCCUGUCACAGUUAUUGGACAAUAUACGACACCAGAUCUGACAUUGUGUGUAGGAAUAAAGGACUUUGAAGUGUGCAGGACACAUUUACCACCUAAAUGCAGUGACAAGAGCAAAUGCUACUGUAAGGACAAUAAAGCAUUUUGUAGAUGUAACAACUACAUAAACACGUGGUACAUAGGGGAGAAUUGUGACUUUGAGUGGACCAUCUUGACUUUCGCCCUGGUAGCAACUCUACCAGGAUUGGCCCUGGCUGCUAUUGUUGGUGUGACGGUCCAGUGUGUCCAUUACUCAAGGAAAUCAGCUGAGAAACAAAAGGAUCGGACAGAGGGUUACACAAAUAAUGCAAUGUCACCAACAACAUAUGAUAGAAAUAACCAAGAUGACAUGUUCACCAACACUGUGUUUGCCUCAGACAUGCCGAAUCGGCCAAAGCCCUCCAGUAUUCAGCCCAUCCAGGAGAGGUUUCCCAUGGCCAACUUACCCAACAGCCCUUACAGCCCCCAACCAAACGGCAUGCGGCCCACUUUAGAUAGAUCGUCUUUGACAAACCUCACAAGCCAGCCGUACAGCCCUUCACCAAACAGUAUUCAACCCUCUUUAGAUAGAUCGUCUUUGGCCUAUCCUCCAAGCCAGCCAUACAACUAUGCUACAGGUAUGACACAGCCCCUGGGUAACCCCUAUCCCAAGUCUCCAUCACCAAGGAACCCAUAUGAAGACAGAGCUCCACCUCCAGACCGUUAUGACGACCAGCAUAUGAGACCAACACAGCCCCCACCUGGAUACAAUGGCAUGAUGAGAGAAGGCAUGUCUGGGUAUCCUGUGCCCAGUUCACCUGCUCCCCUCUACUCAGCUCCGGAGUACAACCCCAGGUCCCAGUUUCCCCGAGCCCAGAUGGGGAGACUCUACUGAGGACAAACAGAGGGACCCUGGACUGAACUAGGAAGGAAGUGGAGCUCCACCAAUUUCCCUAUUACAAUAACCAAAAUAUAAUUCAUAUCUAAUUUCAACUUUCAUUUAACAUAGUAAACAUUUUAAAUUUAAAGGCAAUGUUCCCACAUUCACAGAAAAAUUACCUUUAAAUGUUAAUCGCGCAAUAAGAUGGAUCUUCUGUGCUACGGAUUUAAUCUAGGCCUUAGUAAAAGGUUUGGGGUCAAUUCCAAUUUAAUUUGAAAUUCCAAUUCAAUUCUUGAAUUCACUCAUGAAGUGGAGAAUUUACAUUGAAUUCAAUUCCAAUUCAACAAUCUUCAAGUUAUGGAAUUUGACUGUUUGAGUUGGAAUUGUAAAAUAAAAACGAAUCUUUGGAAUUCAAUUGGAAUUCAAUGUGUACAUUUCCCAGUUAAUUUAAUUAAUGCACAAUUAUAAAAAAUGUACUGCAGGAUUUGUUUUACAUCAUUCCAGCUCGUAUUUCUAUAUUUCCAGUAUAGCUAGACUGUCUGAACGGUGACAUUAUCAGCCUGAAAGCCUGAUGGAAUUGAAUUCAAAUGAGAAUUUGUGGCAUUGUGGAUAAUAUGAAAUUGGUAAUUUAAUUCUUGGAAUAUACCUAACACUGGAUUGAGAGGAAUUGAAUUCUCUAAACUGACAUGGAAUUUGAAUUUAAUUAAAUGGAAUUUACAGGGAGGGAAUUUAAUUUUAAUAUAAUUUGUGGAACUAACCCCAACCCUGCUAAGUAAUACCCUUUUUAGACUAGUCUGAUUUGUAACAAAUUAAUUAUAUAUAUAUAUUUCCACACAGUACCAGUCAAAAGUUUGGACACCUACUCAUUCAAGGGUUUUUCUUUAUUUUUUUUUACUAUUUUCUACACAU